UUCUCCAUUCACUCGCCGUCAUACUUUUCUAGCCAUUCCUAUCCUCUUUUCUUUCUUUUUCCUUUUCUCCUCUUUUCUCCCUCCCCAUCCGUGUCGAUGCCGGCCGAUUACUACGAUACUGACCACGCGCAGCGCGAGAGGUCUCGUUCACCCCGACGUCGUUCGCGCAGCCCUCGACGUAGCCGUCGCUCUUAUUCGCCUCGGAGUCGCUCUCGGAGUCGUGACGAUUAUCGCCGCAGUGAACGCCGUUCCCGUUCGCCUAUGAGUACUGCACCAGGCCCCUCUGGAGGACAUUCGAGUUCUGGUUACGGCGGACGCAGCAGCUACCCGCCGCCUCCGAGAUCGUUUGAGGACCGCGCUGUCGCCAAAGAACAAAUGAUGCAAGCAGUGCGCGAGUCUUCCCAACAAGACCGUCGGGUCUAUGUGGGAAACCUUUCCUACGAUGUCAAGUGGCAUCACUUGAAAGACUUUAUGAGACAGGCUGGUGAGGUCAUCUUUGCCGACGUCUUAUUACUUCCCAAUGGAAUGUCGAAGGUGGGCGCCAAUGCGAUUGUGGAAUACGCGACCAGGGAGCAAGCGCAAAAUGCGGUCAACACGCUCAGCAACCAGAACCUUAUGGGCCGUCUAGUCUACGUUCGCGAGGACCGUGAACCCGAACCUCGUUUCACCGGUGGCCCUUCUCGUGGGGAUUUCGGCGGCGGUGGCGGCGGCCGCGGCGGUUUUGGUGGUGGUUACGGUGGUGGAGCUGGCGGAAGACAGCUCUACGUGUCCAAUCUUCCAUUCAAUGUUGGCUGGCAGGACCUGAAGGAUCUUUUCCGCCAAGCAGCUCAGCAAGGCGGCGUCGUCCGUGCCGAUGUUCAUACCGAUGCUACCGGACGUCCCAAGGGCUCCGGCAUUGUCGCCUUUGAAUCUCCUGAGGAUGCCCGUAAUGCUAUCCAACAGUUCAAUGGCUACGACUGGCAGGGUCGGUCUUUGGAGGUUCGUGAGGAUCGCUUUGCCGGUGCCGGACCGGGUGGAUUUGGAGGCCGCGGUGGCUUCGGUGGUGGAUUCGGUGGUCGCGGUGGCGGCUUCGGUGGUCGGGGCGGCUUC